CAGUCCUGCUCUGACCCUCGUGGAUGAUUACAGCUGCUUAACUAGGCGGUGUUAGGAUGGACACACACAGAUAAUUACCUUUAACAGGAACUAAAUCAGGAGGAAGAUGGAUGCUGACUCAAUAAUUGGAGAAAGUACAGAUGCGAUAGUGGUGGACGAUUCUCCCAUUGAAGAGAAGGAAAUUCAGCAGGCUGGCCAGAGUUGCAUCCCGGUGGUUUCUCUGUGCCCCCCUGAUGGCUCCGUUGAGGCCCAGCUGACAGUCAUCCCCUCUACAGAGGAGCUCUGUGACAGCUGCAGCAGCCUUGGCAGACCCUCCUCCUCCUUCCAGCUUUACCAUCAAGUCCCCCAGCGUCUCCACACUGGAUCCUGUCACUCGCAGCAGAACCCUAAAUGCCCCCACUGCAGCCGUCACAGUUCAUCCCAACCCCACUGCUGCCACAGCUGUCAUUCGAACACGGCUUGUCCUCAUGGUGACGGAGGAGUGGCGGGGAAAUCAGAGCACAGCUGUGGUUCUGCCCAUCAGGCGUCCUGUCAUGGGUCAGCAAGGUGUCACUGGCUGCACGGGUCAAACGAGAGCAGGGCCCAGACCAAACCCAAGCAGCGUCAUGUGGUGUCAGUAAGGUGGGUUAGAAAGGAAAGACCCAACAUGAGACUGGAGGACCUUUCUGAAAUCAAGACUAGGGAAAUGGGGGCUCACCUUGCAUCAGCUUUAAAAGCUGAUCCACGUGGGACUGGUGGUCUCUACUUCAUCGUUAGAAAGUAUUCCCGGCUGUUAGUGGACCACCCGUUGGUGGUGCUGCUGGGUUGUGCCGCACUGCUGCUGGGAUGCUCCUUGGCUGGACUGUUUAUUGGCUCUCUGCCAGACUUCUCUGAUCCACUUUUAGGUUUCCAGCCACGGGGAACGUAUCUUGGAGUUCGGCUGUCCAGCUUGUCCAAACUUCAGCAGGAAACGGGCCUGGGGAAAAGUCUGACUGCUUUACCACAGUCACUCAGCAAAAGGUCGGGCUUUGUCAGCAGAGAGAACAAUGACAGUCAGCUCGCUUCCAGAGGUCGUCUUAAAAGGAUGCUGGCUGCAGACUUUUCUCUGGACACCUUCCUCUGUGACUCUCCAGGCGAACGCUUCGCCCAGCUGGUGUUUCGAUCCGAAAACUCAGCCAGUCUCUGGAGCCUGAAGGCCAUCCACGCCAUGUGUGAGAUGGAGCAAUCCAGGAUUCGCUCCCAGGCUCAGUUCCAGGACCUCUGCCAGCAGCCUGAGGGAGUGGAGGCAGAGGGAACACCGAGACGCGGCUGCUGUCCAAGCUGGUCUUUGGGGAAUUACUUGGCGGUCCUCACCAAUGCCUCCAGCUGCCUCAGCCUUACCUCACUACAGGUUUCAGAUUCUUUGAACCUUCUGCGCAAAUGUGCUCCGUCCUACCACAGAGGAGAUCUGACCGAGGCCUGUUCAGAGAGACCCAAGCAAGGCGGCUGCUCCUCGGUUCCCUCCCGCUGUAAACAAUCCCGUGUGGUGUUCCAAAUCCUGCACUUCCUCGUUGACAAAGAUUUCCUCGGCCCUCAGACUGUUGAAUACCAAAUACCGACGCUGAAAUACAGCCUUCUGUUCUUACCUGUGCUGAAAGGAGAGCACAUGAUGGAGAUCUAUAUGAAUAGCCUUGAAGGAAGGGAUCUGACGUACAAAAACACAACCAUCACUGGGAUAGACUUUGGUAUCAAGAAGACGCUGUUCAGAUAUUACUUAGUGAAAGAUUCGGUGUUCCCAGUCCUUGCUAUCGUAUCCUUCUUGUUCACAAUGGUUUUAUAUCUCCAGUCCUUUUUCAUUGUAGCAUUAUCUGUCCUGGCAAUCACAGGCUCUCUCCUUACCUCGUAUUUCUUCUAUAAAGUAGUUUUUCGUCUGACUUUCUUCCCAGUUGUCAACCUGGCGGCAGCUCUGAUCCUCUUAGGAAGUUGCUCCAAUCAAGUUUUUAUCUUUACAGACUUUUGGAAUCUGCAACAAACACAAAACCCUUCAGCCUCUCUGGAGAAGAGAGUAAACAGAGCCCUACAGGAAAUAGGCUAUUUGAUCCUAGCUUCAGGCCUGACCUCCAGUUCAGCAUUUUUUUCCGGUUAUCUAAGCAGCAUCACAGCUAUUAGAUGUUUCUCUGUUUAUCUUGGGACUGCUUCUUUCAUCAGCUCUCUGCUGGCGUUAGUAUGGCUGCCCUGUUCUUUCAUCCUCCUAGAGCGCUCCAGGAAGGCCCCGGCUAUGCCUGCGGCGGUGCAAACAUGGAAGCCCUGCUGCUCCAACAAUCCAGGAGGCUUCUGGGAAACAAGUUCCCGUAAGAAAUGUAUCUUCAGCGUCGUGCAGAGGCUGAAGGAACUAAAACGAGGCAUUGCAGACACAUCAAACCUGCUGUUUCUGAAGAUCUUGCCCUGCGGAGUUGUAAAGUUUCGCUACAUCUGGGUGUGCUGGUUCGCAGUGCUUGCCACUGGCGGCACGUAUAUGUCCUGCGUUGACCCUGGCAUGACGUUACCCACACUCGACAGCUGGGUCACCCAGCUUUUCCGCUCCAGCCACCCUUUUGAGAGAUACGACGCAGAAUACCGUCACAUGUUUAUGUUUGAAAGGCAGCGGAAUGGAGAAGACAAACCUGUUACUGUCCUGCUGGUUUGGGGCAUCAAACCGACAGAUAAUGGGGAUCACUUUAACCCACAGAGCAAUGGCUCCCUGGUUUUUGACCCUGACUUUAACAUGAGCAGGCCUGAAGCUCAGAUCUGGCUUAGAGAUCUGUGUGUAAGAGUCCAGAAUCAAAGCUUUUACUCUGCUUAUUCACCAGAAAGCAAAGAUGUCACGACAGAUAAUAUCUGCCUGGUAGAGCAGCUGGUGCGCUGGGUAUCUCUCAGACGAUGCUCAGGAAGCAGCGAUGCCCUUCAUCUUUGCUGUAACAUCCCCUUUCCCUACCCUCCAAGCAUUUUUGAAAGCUGUCUGAAUAUCAUGCUGGCGGAGAAACAUGCAGAGGGCCACCAUCCAAGUGGUGGAGGGCUGUACUUUCAGCCGGGCGGGCGGGUCGCUGCCCUUGUUUUGACUUUCCAGACCACCCACCUCUAUAGCUUUAACUUUAGCAGAACCAGUGGUUUUUACAGGGAAAUAUUAACGUGGUUCAACAGAGAAAUAGCAGGAGCACCAAGAGGGCUGGAGAACGGCUGGUUCAUCAGCCAGCUGUCUCUCUUUGAUCUACAGCAGUCUCUAAGUUCAGAGACUCUGCUGGUUGCUGGCUUCUCAGUAGCUCUCACCUUUAUUCUGCUGCUCAUAACCACCUGGAAUAUUCCACUGAGUUUAUAUGCAACUGUUGCUGUUGGAGGGAGUGUGUUCGUCACCGUUGGCCUCCUCGUCCUUCUUGAGUGGCAGCUUAGUGGCGUCGAGGCUCUACUCAUAUCCUCGGCUGCAGGGUUGUCUGUUGACUUUGUUGUUAACUUUUCUGUGUCCUACAGCUUAGCUCCUCAUUCGGAUAAGAUAGGAAAAGUGGCACACUCCACUAAAAGGAUGGGAUGCCCUGUAGCAAUAGUUUCCGGAGCGUUUUUCUCCAUGGGUAUUGUCAUGUUACCUGCCACUGCCUUACAUUUAAGAAAAAUUGGGAUUUUCUUGUUCCUGGUGAAAUGUGUGGCAUGUGGAUUCGCAACCUUCUUUUUUCAGUCGCUUUGCUGCUUCUGCGGGCCACGGAGGAACUGUGGAAGGAUCACCCUGCCAUGCUUUUCAGAGGACACAGACGGCGUGCUGACCUCCUGCUCCGAGCCCGGUCCCUCGCCGGCCUCGGCUGCCAACGGUGCCUUUGCCAGAUCUAGAGAGAGGAGGAGUUAUGACAAAGAGGCAGGUGGUUACCUCUACCCUGACCACCAGCGUCAGCACAGACACAAACAGAGCGGAGGAGGAGCCGAUUUGCACAAGGGCGCAGAGCAGUACGAGCUGCAGCCUCUGGCUUACCGCCUCAGUGACAGCUUUGAGAACAGCACCUGCACCAGUAAGCUGUCCAACCGGCCCUCUGUGCUCUCAGAUGAAAUUGAGUUUUGUGGCAUAGAGGCGAGCAAGAAGGAUAUGGAAAAGGGCAGUGAGGAAAUGCGCAGUCAUCAGAUCUACCAAUCAGCUAUCCAAACAUCAUCUCCUUACAGAGAAAACACCCUUCGCCAAGCAGGCCUGGUGCAGGAUGAUGCGGCUACUGGAAAUCUACUGUGCAAAACCUGCAGGGGUCAAUCAGUUGGGGGGAAGCAGUGGAGCAAUACAUCUUACUCUUCAUCGUCAAGCAUUGAGGAAACCAUCAUUAGCCACACAAUGGAGACCAUUGACCAGCAGUCUUUGUGCAAAUAUAAAAAUCCCACAAAGGAGGGUCGCUAUCAGCACCUACAGUCUCAGAGCUCUUAUGAAGGACUGGACGACUCCUGCGAAACACAUCUGAGUGACAUUGAAGUGGGGUCUUCAACCCCCCAGCAGCCCGAUGGAGAGGAGGAGGUUCAGCUGCAGCCGGGACACCUCAACGGCAAGAGAGACACACUGAGGCUUUCACUGAAGGAAACGGUUUAUGAGACUAAAGACCGCAGCAGUCGGAGUGAAGAAGUGGUCAUCCUGCCCAACAGCAGACCGGACCUACCAGAUGUCUGGAUAAAGCGAGACGGACAGCGGGAGGAUGCAUGCUAAGAAAGUCGCUGCCGUAGCUCCUUAAGCUACAUCUCAGUCCAAGGUGCUUAAUUUGAAGACAUCUGGUCUUUUUCUUGUUUCCUAAAGGCAUUUCAUCUCCCAUUUCCUGUUCUGAUCAUGUGGUAGAAAUGUCCAACUUAUAAGACGCUGUUGGCAAAACCACUGAAACUGAACCUUAUAGGUAAAAUGAUUCCCCCACUCAUCCAAGGUUAGGAUUCAAUACUUCCUCUAUGUUUUAAGGACUAUUUUAAAGAAGCAAUUUGCUCCUUGCUAAUUUUGGAGAGAAAAGAUGGUUGCUUUGAGACAGGAGAGGAAGGAGAGGAGAGGGUGGCCUCAAGUACUUACAAAUCUAUUAACAAUUACGUGUUUAGUGUCACUGACUUUAACUUUAUAAACAGGAGCUUCUGGUUCAUGACUCAAACUAAUCGCCUUCAGGAAACAGGAGAAAAAAAUCUAUCUAUUAAUACAGUUUAAAUCUGUCGAGAAACUUUUUGCAAACACUGUGCAUUUGUUGCUCUUAAUUUAUAAAACUUAUAACUGUUUUUACAAAAUGAAUAGAAAAAAAACGUAAGCUGUUGGAUUUAUAUUACAUGAAUAAGGAAAUGGGCCAACUGUAAACAUGAAGAAAGACAUCAUGUUUUAUCUAAUGUAGGUUUAAGGUUGUCUCUGAGCACUGGACCUCGUAGAAAAUGCUCCAAUCAAAGCCUGACUUUAAACCAAGUAGAGUUGAAUAAAAAGGUACCAGUUUGCAUCGGUUGAAAUCAAUGCUGUUGCAUGUCAUUAUCACAAAAAUCUCCAAAUAACUGCAGCGGUUGCCUGCAGACUGUGUGCCUGAGGCUUUUGAACCUCAAAACCUAAAAAAGAAAUGGAUUUACAGACAUUAUGAGGAAACACCUGCAGCCUAUUUUAUUGGUUUUCUUAGCGGCAUUGUUUGUUUCUCAUUAUGUUCAUAAAAAACCAUGAAGGUAUUAAACAAAAUUAUAUUUAAAACCGAAAAGAUCUUAAAGUUUCAUCUUUAAGCAUCUUAUUUUUUUACAUAAUCAAAUAUGAAUCUACUUGAAUAUUGAAUUUUCGACUUUCUUGCAUAAUGAAAGCUCCUUACUCAUUUUAUUUGGUUUGUAUAGAUAACUUAGAGGGUGGUUAAAUGUCAAAGGGAAUGUAUAGUAUCCUGAGCUGUACAUUUAGAGUGUAUUUACUGCUGAAAACUGUGCAUCAUUGCCAAUUCUAGUAUUAAAGUUUUUUUUUUUUUUUUUUUUUUAUCAUCCAUGGGGUUUGGUUCCGUUGGAUCCAAGCGUGAGCCAAGUUUUCUCUGGCUGUAUGGCACAUCAAGGAGCAGCGUUACCCCUUCCCCCACCUGUUGCUGCUCACUGUUGGUCAGCUGGCUGAAAACUAUAUUUACCUUGCUUAUAAGGAAGACAAAUAGAGCUGUCUAAGUGUAAUAUUCUUACAAAGAAAUAAUAUUUGUGAAAAAUCAGCAUGUUUGUUAAGCAGCUGACUGUAACCUUGACCGGAGCAGACAGACUUAUUGACAAUAUUGGUUUAUUAUUCUUCCAGUAUUACUUCAUAAAAAGCAAUAAUACUGAUAUACUAUUCAUAAAAAACUACAUGAUACUUUCCUUUGUCAAAUAAGCUAUUUAUUUUAUAUCUUAAAAUAAUUAAAUAACGACUCCUCAUUUGUACGUUUUAUAAGAAACUGCCAUUUUUACUUAAAGUUAUAAUAAAAGCCAUUUGUUAGUACAGAAGUAAACAGUCCAAUGCAAACAAAGCUGGAGUAAUAGAUAGAAGAGGUGCUUGAUGAUAGAAAGUCGAUGUUGGUCUUGGAGGUGGCUGAUUCUUUGUUGCAUAUUUAUGGGCUGUUUUAUGUUUUAUGUUGUAUUUAUUUUCCUAAUGGUAGUUUACAUGGAGAGAUUUUACAUUUGCAAACACUGAAGUGCUUUUGUUUUUUGUUUUGUUCAAUGUAAAUUAAGCCGAUGCUGUCAGGUAGCUGAUGCUGAACCAGAUGACCGAAGGUGGGAUUUCUGUUGGAGAAAACAAGCUCAGCGGAUCAAACCUCUGAGUUUCUAAGCAAUAGUUCACUGGAAAACAACAGGGUAUCUAAAUAUCAAAUGAGAGUCAAUGAGAAAUUAUUAUAUAAAAAAACAACGAUUUAAUAUUAGAAGAAAGUUGUAUUUAGAUUGAUUAUUGAUGAACGAUCGUCACUUUAAUUGUGCAGUGUUUUCGGAUGAGUACCAGUGUAUCACUCUGUGUUCUCAGAUGUUUAUUGUUUGCCUACGAUGUGUCAGUGUCAAAAA